AUGAAAAUGAAGCAGAGAGACCAGAGGAAGAAAAAGCUAGUGCUCCACCCCCACCUGGAAGUGAAGAGGAAGCUGCAGAAAAUGGCAUUGUGAAAACGAAGGUGGCAGAGGCUGAGGAUGACAGUGAUAGUGAUAGUGAUGAUGAUGAAGAUGAUGUUCAAGUCACCAUAGGGGAUAUUAAAACAGGAGCUCCACAGUAUGGAAGUUAUGGAGCGGCACCUGUGAAUCUCAAUAUUAAGACAGGAGGACGAGCUUAUGGAUCUUCUGGUGCGAAAGUUAAAGGGGUGGAUCUAGAUGCACCAGGGAGUAUUAAUGGUGUGCCACUUCUGGAAGUAGAUUUAGAUUCUUUUGAAGAUAAACCUUGGAGAAAGCCAGGGGCUGAUCUCUCUGAUUAUUUCAACUAUGGGUUCAAUGAAGAUACCUGGAAAGCUUACUGUGAAAAACAGAAGAGAAUACGAAUGGGUCUUGAAAUUUUACCAGUUACCUCAACAACAAAUAAAAUUACGGCUGAAGACAAUGCUAUGGAAGUAAGACCAAGUGCAGAGAUUCUCGAUGGCAGAUACCAUCUUUUUAAGGUACAGCAGGGCAGAACUGGAAAUUUGGAGAAAGAGUUGGCAGUGCAGUCAACCAAAGCUGAUUUCACAUCUCCGCCUGCCUUAUUCAAAUCAGGAAUUCCAGCAAACAGGCGAUUAUCUGGCACAAUAGAUGUGAUUGGACAGACCAUCACUAUCAGCAGGGUGGAAGGACGACGACGUGCUAAUGAAAACAGCAAUAUACAGGUUCUUUCAGAACGAUCUAAUCCUGAAGUAGACAAUUUUACCAAGCCACCUCCAUUUUUCCCUCCAGGAGCUCCACCUACCCACCUUCCACCACCUCCUUUCCUCCCACCCCCUCCAACUGUCAGUACUGCUCCACCUCUGAUUCCCCCACCAGGUAUACCAAUAACUGUGCCACCACCAGGUUUUCCACCACCACCUGGCGGUCCUCCACCUUCCCUCAUACCUACAAUAGAAAGUGGACAUUCUUCUGGUUUUGAUGGUCGUUCUGUUCGUGCGUUUUCAUAUGGCAGUGUCACCUUUCCGCACCUUGCAGGUUCUGCUCCUUCAUGGUCUAGUCUUAUGGACACCAGCAAACAGUGGGAUUACUAUUCACGAAGAGAGAAGGAUAGGGAACGUGAGAGAGAGCGAUCCCGAGAUCGGGAUCGGGACCGGGACCGAGACAGAGAUCGAGAACGUACCAGAGACAGGGAAAGGGACCGAGAUCACAGUCCAACUCCAAGUGUGUUCAACAGUGAUGAAGAACGAUACAGAUACAGAGACUAUGCAGAAAGAGGCUAUGACCGCCAUAGAACAAGUAGAGAGAAAGAAGACCGACACAGAGACAGGAGACACAGAGAGAAAGAAGAUACUAGACACAAGUCAUCUCGAAGUAACAGCAGACGUCGUCAUGACAGUGAAGAAGGGGAUAGCCACAGAAGGCACAAACACAAAAAAUCCAAAAGAAGCAAAGAAGGAAAAGAAGCCAGCGGUGAACCUGCUCCUGAACAGGAAAACACUGAAGCUGCCACUGUGGAAUAGGCUUGUGUGGUUUUUGCCUACUUGCAUAUAUAUUAGUGCCAGAAAUAGAUUACUAUAAAUCUUGUUAUUUUUCUGGGUAUUAAAAUAAUUUGCUCUUAAUCUUGUUCUGUUAGUUUGAAAUCAGAGGUUACUUUGGGUUUUUUUUGAAAAUAAAAGAAUGAAUUUUUCAUGUUAA